GGAACGGUCAGGAAUCUUCCUCCGCCGCUGCCUGUUGCUAGUUUAAGGAUUUUGGAAGAAGGAUGCCAGCCAUGCUGCUGCGACGGGCUGGCUGGGAGCGGGGCACAGGGGAAGCGCUCGCCGCCAGAUUCUCCUAUGCUCUGCUGCUGGCGCUGUUCGUGCCCUUCGCGACAGGGACAGAGGAAAAAGCAGACCGUUGGCACUGCCCUUCAGCUAAUCUUUCCAUACCAGAAGGUUCUUCUGGGAUGAUCAUUCCUAAUAAAAUAUUGAACCAUUCCAAUAGUCUUCCUUUAUACAAGAAGAACCACUCCUCGUCUUCUUGGCAAUACAUCUUGAGCAUAGCCAAGAGACACCUGAAUCACAGUGUCGGCACGUAUGAAGCGGACAUCUAUAUAUCUGAUAGCGGCCUUUCUGUCAAGAAUGCUUAUGAAGGACUUGCCGGAGAGUACCAGCUUGUUUAUCAGCAAAAUGAAUCCUGUGUGCUUCAGUUCUUCCUUAAUAUACCUGGGUCUACACACUGCCCUUCUCGUAACGUCUCCAUAGCAGAAGGUUCAGCUGGGAUGAUCUUUGCUAAUGUUUCCAGUUAUCCCUACAUUCUUUUAUUUCUUAAGAGCAGUUCCUUUGAUGGUCCCAUAUUAGCCAUAACUGAAGGAGAACUGAGAGUCUACAAUAGCUCAUUCAAGGAACACUUCUAUCUACAGGGAAAUGACCUCUUUAUCAAGAAUUCCAGCAAACAGCUUGCUGGAGAAUACCAACUUGAAGAUUUUGAGAGGAAAAUUUGUUUCCAAGUCUUCCUUAGCAUACCUGACCGUUGGCACUGCCCUUCAGCUAAUCUUUCCAUACCAGAAGGUUCUUCUGGGAUGAUCAUUCCUAAUAAAAUAUUGAACCAUUCCAAUAGUCUUCCUUUAUACAAGAAGAACCACUCCUCGUCUUCUUGGCAAUACAUCUUGAGCAUAGCCAAGAGACACCUGAAUCACAGUGUCGGCACGUAUGAAGCGGACAUCUAUAUAUCUGAUAGCGGCCUUUCUGUCAAGAAUGCUUAUGAAGGACUUGCCGGAGAGUACCAGCUUGUUUAUCAGCAAAAUGAAUCCUGUGUGCUUCAGUUCUUCCUUAAUAUACCUGGUUCUACACACUGCCCUUCUCGUAACGUCUCCAUAGCAGAAGGUUCAGCUGGGAUGAUCUUUGCUAAUGUUUCCAGUUAUCCCUACAUUCUUUUAUUUCUUAAGAGCAGUUCCUUUGAUGGUCCCAUAUUAGCCAUAACUGAAGGAGAACUGAGAGUCUACAAUAGCUCAUUCAAGGAACACUUCUAUCUACAGGGAAAUGACCUCUUUAUCAAGAAUUCCAGCAAACAGCUUGCUGGAGAAUACCAACUUGAAGAUUUUGAGAGGAAAAUUUGUUUCCAAGUCUUCCUUAGCAUACCUGUUUCAGGACGCAGACAUGAUUGCGCUUACGGCGCACUAGGGUUUGUCAUCUUUUUGGUGCUCUGUUUCGCAAUGCAUCUAUGUUGCAAAAGGAGAGAGAAAGGCACUGCUCAACUUGCUGGUGGCUUGGCAAAUGGAACUCUGCCUCCUGGGUCACCAGAGGUACAAGAAAGCAGAGCAGACCCACCCGGGAGAGAAAAUGGGAACUCUUUUCCUCAUGAAUGCGACCCUCAAACAAAUGCCUUACUGCCUUGAAGGAUAAAAAAGUUGGUUUUCAAAUGAAAAAGUCUAAAUUGGAAAUGGAAUUGUUAGAUUCAAAAAGUAAGAAUUUAUCAAAAAUGUAUAAUUUAUUGUUGGAAUGGCAUACAAAAGAUGAGCAAACAAAAUGUGUAAUGAUUAAAUGGGCAAAUGAUGUAGGACAUAAUAUCAUGGUGGAAGAUUGGGAAAGGUUAUGGAUGUAUAAUAUGAGAUUUACCGCGUGUUCAGUGUUAAAAGAAAAUUUGAUGAAAAUGAUGUAUAGAUGGUAUCUGACCCCGGUAAAGCUUGCAAAGAUUUAUCAUAAACAAGAUAAUAAAUGUUGAAAAUAUAAAAAACAAGAGGGAACUUUCUUCCACAUGUGGUGGACGUGCCCCCAAGUGAGAGACUUCUGGGAAAAGAUUUAUAACGAAUUGAAAAAAGUGUUGAAAAACACCUUUGCUAAAAAAACCAGAGGCCUUCUUACUUGGGAUAACGGGAGAGGAUAUACCUAGGAAGGAUGUUACUUUCUUUUUGUAUGCCACAACAGCUGCAAGAAUUCUACUUGCAAAGAAUUGGAAGAAGGAUGAUUGGCUGAAGAAGUUGAUAGAAUAUAUGGAACUGUCUGAGUUGACCGGGAGACUCCGGGAUCGGAGUGAAGAAGCAGCGGAAGAAGAUUGGAAGGAAUUUAAAAUUUAUUUAAAGAAUAAGUGUUUAGUAGAUUAGAAAUAAGGGAAGUGAAGGAGAAAAAAUAGAGGUUGUAGAUAAUAUAAUGGUAAGAGAUAAGUAUAGUUAGAAAUAAGGAUUUUAUUUUAUUGAGAAGAAAGAUUUAGAUAGAAUAUAAUAGGAUAAGAUGUAAAAGAUAGAAAAAAUAAGGGAUUAUUAAGUAAUAAGUAGAAUUUAUAUAAGAUUUAGACUUUACUACAGAAGUGAUGAAAAGAAUCGCAGAAGGAGAGGGAACGAGGAAGUCAUUAGAUUGGAGAUAAGUUUAAUAAGUUAGAUUUUUUGUUUUCUAUUUGAAUUUUUGUCUUUUUUGUCUUUUUUCCCCUUUCUGUUGUGUGGGUGUGUAUUUUUAUAUGCCUUGUUGUUUCAGAAUUUUUUUUAAUAAAUAUAUUUGAAGGA